AUGGGUGGAGUUGGCUUGCUGGCCGUGCCACACCCUCAGGAGUGCCCGGAACGCCGCUUGGGUGUUGCCCUCUUGAUCAGCUGCAGGGCUCCUGGAAAAGCCGAAGAGUGGGCCCUGGCCCGGGUGGGGGCUCAGGGACAGGACACUGGGCCGUGCCCGCUCGGGGCUUUGCACACACGGCCCCACCUUUCCCAGGCCAGAUUCUCCUCUCCUCCUCUGCCAGCCUCAGCCAGUCCGAGGACCCCGGGCCUGAGCUCCCCCGGGUCCCCUCCGCGGACUAGGUCUAGCUUCUCGUCUCAGGGCAUUGGGGGCGGGGUGGGCCCGGAACAGGCCGGGUCUCCCGCGUGGCGCCGCCUCAGCCCGUGCCUCUUGCAGCUCCUGCCCCUGGAUGGGGAACUCGUCCUGGCUUCGGGAGCCGGAUUCGGCAUCUCAGACGCGGGCUCGCACCGGGACUGUGGCGCCGGCGACCCUGCGGUCUUCCGCGACCCUGACCGCUUCUCCUGGUAUGACCCGCACCUGUGGCGCUCCGGGGACGAGGCACCUGGCCUCUUCUCCGUGGACGCCGAGCGCGUGCCCUGCCGCCACGACGACGUCGUCUUUCCGCCCAGUGCCUCCUUCCGCGUGGGGCUCGGCCCUGGCGCUAGCCCCGUGCGGGUCCGCAGCAUCUCGGCGCUGGGCCGGACGUUCACGAGCGACGAGCACCUGGCUGCUUUCCUGGCGUCCCGCGCGGGCCGCCUGCGCUUCCACGGGCCGGGCGUGCUGAGCGUGGGCCCCGAGGACUGCGCCGACCCGUCGGGCUGCGUCUGCGGCAACGCGGAGGCGCAGCCGUGGAUCUGCGCGGCUCUGCUCCAGCCGCUGGGCGGCCGCUGCCCCCAGGCCGACUGCCACGGCGCCCUCCGGCCCCAGGGCCAGUGCUGCGACCUCUGCGGAGCAGUCGUGUUGCUGACCCACGGCCCCACGUUUGACCUGGAGCGGUACCGGGCGCGGGUACUCGGCACCUUCCUGGGCCUGCCUCAGUACCAGGGGCUGCAGGUGGCCGUGUCCAAGGUGCCACGCUCGCCCCGGCUCCGCGAGGCCGACACGGAAAUCCAGGUGGUGAUGGCAGAAGUGGGGCCCGAGACGGGCAGCGCGGGGAGGCUGGCCCGGGCCCUCCUGGCUGACGUUGCCGAGCAUGGCGAGGCCCUCGGCGUCCUGGCGGUGACCAUGCGGGAGUCGGGCGCGCACGUAGGUGUCGGCUCCGCGGCUGGACUGGCGGGCGGCGUGGCGGCCUCGCUGCUGCUGGCGCUGCUGGUGCUGCUGGUGGCGCUGCCGCUGCUGCGCCGGGCAGGGAGGCUCAGGUGGAGGAGGCGCGAGGAGGAGGUCUCGGCCGGGGCGCCCCUGGGCUUCCACAACCCAGUGUUCGACGUGGCGGCUUCCAAGGAGUUGCCGGGGCCGCGGCCGCUCAGCGGGGCUUCGAAGGCGGCCACAGGCAGCACCAGCCACAGUUACUUUGUCAACCCUCUGUUCGCCGGGGCUGAGGCUGAGGCCUGAGCUGCUGCGUCACCGUCAACCUGGGAGCUCCCCACCCCCUUUGGCCCCAGAACCUCCGCCAUCCCGGUCGACCUGGGGGCUACCCCUCGUCCAGCCCCUAGACCUCCCCUACCCCGCCCCCCGCAGGGGCCAAGGACAGGGAGCCCUUGUAUAAUAAAGGUGUUUCCUGUACCUUC